AUGAAAUUCGGCACGCAGCUCAAGGCUCACCGGGCAUCCCAUUGGAGAUACCACUAUGUCGAUUAUGAUGGCCUCAAGGCCCAGCUCAAGUCCAAAAGCCAAGACCGCGAGUUCACAAAACAAGAUGAGGUCGAGUUCGUGAAGCAAUUGAACACCGAGCUUGAGAAGGUCGCCUCGUUCCAAGCUCUCAAACUGGGCGAAAUUCAGCGGAGGACAGAGCACUGUGAGCACACAAUCGAACAACAUCAGCAGCCUUCUGGAAAGUCGUCGGAAAGACUGACCCUUUCAUCCUUUGUCGAGACAGAGUCUGAGAUCAACAGAAUUACACAUGAUUUACAGGAUCUGGCCCGGUUCCAGCGAUUGAACUACACCGCCUUCUUCAAGAUUGUCAAGAAGCACGAUAAGCACACGGGAUUCACCCUCAGAGCCUACUUUAUGAACCUGCAACUCAACAACCAGCCGUUCCACAAGGAGAGCUUUGCGACACUCGUCAGCCGUCUAUCGUGUCUGUACAACAUUGUCCGCACAGGAACUGCGCCCGUUAUCACUAGGACACAGUCGAUCGACUCUGAAGAAGAUGAAGAGCUGGAGCACCCUGGCUGCAUACCCAAGAAGACGGCCUUCUGGGUCCAUCCAGACUGCGUCAUGGACCUCAAAAUGCUUAUUCUCAAGUAUUUACCCCUGGUUGUCUAUGAACCUACACCUGCACUAAACUCGUCCCACAAGUCCACCAGCCAACUGAGCUCGUAUCUAGCCAGUGAGAGCCCGGUCUCGACCAUUUAUCUCGAUAACCAGGACUUUGAUAUGUACAUGGGCCAACUGGAACAUCGGGAGCAGAGCGAGACGGUGCGUUUGAGGUGGUAUGGAUCAGAGCAGAAGCUCAUGUGGGUCGAGCACCAGCAGAGGACGCCGCCGGCAGCAGAUGAGCCCAUCGUAACCAAGCAUCGCUUCCAGAUCAAGUCCAAGUAUGUUCCCAAGUUGAUCGAAGGUGCCGCCAAGAUGAACAAAGCUAUUGAGCAGAUGCGUCGUUCAGGACAAAAGUCAGAGCAGGAGAUCCAACAGUUUGAAGAGUCGACCCGGACUGUGCAGUCGCGGAUCAAGAAACGUGGUCUCCAGCCCGUGACACAGACGUUCUUCAACAGGACAGCAUUCCAGGUGCCCGGGGAUGCUCGAGUCCGCAUCACGAUUGACACGGAUGUGGUUAUGGUCCGAGAGAAGAGUAUCGAAAAGUCAGAUUUGUACGAGAGGCCAUGGAACCCUGUUGAUCUCCAGACUGAGAACUAUCCGUUUUCGCACAUCCGUGAACAGGAUAUUGUGCGAUUCCCCUAUGCGAUUAUGCAGAUUCGUACGUUGACGGAGCCUCAGGAGGAGAUCCCCAGCUGGGUGGAUCACAUUGCUCAGAGUCAUCUGGUCGAGAUGGUGCCCAACUUUGCCAAGGACCUUCAUGCAGUCGCUACUCUGUACGAGUCUCGAGUCGGACUGCUUCCUUUCUGGCUCUCAGAUAUGGAUCGUGAUAUCCGCAAGCCC